AUGCCCUCAAACCCUCCAAAAUUCUCGCUUGUGGUUCAUAAUAUCAACAGUCCUAAUAGCAUUACCACUGCCACCACCGCUUCUUCCGCCGCGAAUAACAAUAAUACUUCAACUAUGCCUCCUCACAAGCAAGUUCAAAAGCGGUAUCCUCUAACAAGCGCCACCCAGGUCCCUAAUGUUGUGUCAUGCCACCACACCCACUUUGUCAGCCCCAAUCAAUGUUGCUCCGUCGUUGUCCAGCAAAUCGCCGCCCCUGUCUCCAUCGUCUGGUCUGUCGUCCGCCGCUUCAACAAUUCCCAGGCCUACAAGCACUUCGUCAAGAGUUGUCACGUUGUUGUUGGCGACAAAGAUGUCGACACUCUUCAUGAGGUCCACAUCAUAUCCGGCCUCCCCGUAGCCAACAAAACCAAAGCACUCCAGGUCGUUCCUCCCAGGUUGGUGCUACGUCUUCAAAGGAGUGUUGUGCAGGUGUGGUGCACCAAGGAGGAUGGCCAAAGCGAACAGCCACCACCUAUCACCACCAACCCCUAG